GUCGGGAGGGGAGGCGGAGUAUUUGGCCAAAUUACAUCAUCCCUCAUUUAAAUAAAUCUAAUCCCACGCUGUGAUUGGUUGCAGGCUGGAGAAACUCGAGCACUUUCUUUUUUUUCUAACAACUUCUCCCCCGCGCCUUGCCGUGAUAAUCCUUCUGCGACCAUCCAUCCGUGUAGGACGGUGUGCAUUGACUACAGAUCGUCGCCCUAUGUGCGUGGUCGGGACACAAAGUGCUUCUCAGGUUGAGUGACAGCAGAGCGGGCGGAAGACUCCGGGCCCAUCAGCGCAGAGCACCGCCUCACAGAGCACGAGCCCGCGUUGGAGACCGGCGUCGCCUAGGACCGAGGGGAGAUGAAGCCGGAUGGGGUUGCCACAGCAACGAUGGAGCCCAUGGAUUCAGGGGCGGAGCCUGUGACCGAGGGACCGCCCGCAGGGGAGGAGCCGGGGCAGGGCCCGCCCCCGUCGCAGCCGGGAGAGGAGGAGCAGUGCAGCCCGCAGGAGACGGCGCCCCCUGCAGCCAAGGCGGGGAAUGGCGGUAAAGCCGGAGAGCUGAAGACCAAGGCGAAGGGACCCGCCAGAGCGAAGCCGGGAGCCGGCGCCGGCACCAAGACCGCCGCGGGAACCACCGGACCCGGCUCCCGGCCCGGCACCGCCCAGAACCGCGCUGCCAACGGCGCUCCCAAGUCCCUGACCAACGGGGUGGCGAAGAAGACCACGCCCACUGCCGCCCCGGAGAGGAAGAAGACCACGCCCACCGCCACGGCGCCGCCCAAGAGGCCCGUUGGCACUGCCGCCGCCACCGCCACCAAGAUGGCCGACAGGAAGCCCGCGGGAGGAGCCGCCACCACCAGGCCCGCCUCCUCCCCCGCGGCGACCAAUGGGGCGAAGACGGGAGUCUCGCCGGCGAAUAAGAAGCCGUCCGUGGGUCCGAGCGGCGACGCCAAGACGAAGCCCCGAGCGGCGGGUCCUAGACCGGCUUCCUCCACGGCCCCCAAACCCGCCACCACUGCUGCCGCCAAACCCGAUAGGCCGGCCGUUUCCAAGACAACCAGGCCGGCCUCUGCCACCCCAGCGACUCGCCCCACGUCCACGUCGACCGCAGCGAAGACCGCGCCUUCGGCCAGACCGCCCAGCUCCAGACCGGGGGCCACAGCGCCCUCUGCUGGCCGAACCGCAGCAGCACAGCCCGCCAAGCCCGCCACUCCCGCAAAGAAAGAUGUCAGCAAGCCGACCACACCGGCCGCCAAGAAGCCGUCGGCCACGCCCACCCGCCCGUCUCCCGCCAAGGCGUCCAAACCCGAGACCCCCAAAGCCGCCACGCCCGCCAAGCUAGACUCCGCCCCCAAGAAGCCCGCGGCCGGCGGGAAGGCCGGCGACGCCAAGCCGGGCCGGAAGCCGGAGGCCAAGGCAGCGCCGGUGCGGGAGGUCACCGCUAGUCCCCGCGCGGCGGGCACCAAGCCCAGCGCCGGCAAGGCUGGCACCCCCACCGCCAAGAAGGCCGUGGGCAGCAGCACCCCCAUGCCCGUGAAGCGCGCCCCCAAAGCCGCCAAGGAGGCCCCAGAGAAGGAGGCACCGGAGAAGGAGGUCCCAGGGAAGGAGGUCCCAGGGACGGAGGCCCCGGAGAAGGAGGUCCCAGGGAAGGAGGUCCCAGGGAAGGAGGUCCCAGGGACGGAGGCCCCGGAGAAGGAGGUCCCAGGGAAGGAGGUCCCAGGGACGGAGGCCCCGGAGAAGGAGGUUCCAGGGAAGGAGGCCCCUGAGGGCCUGUUGGGCGUCCUGUCUGGAGCUGGAGCCGCCAUCGCCGCCGUAGCCACCGCCAUGGUGGCAGCCGAACCGCCUGCGCAGACGGCCGUGAGCCCGCUUUCCCAGGAGGCCCCGCCCACCGGACUCCUCGCCGACAUCGGUGACUUCCCCUCAGCCCCGCCGCUCGCUGACGACGUCCCCCUCGUGGAUCUGGCCGCCAUUUCCGCACCUGUCCUGGGCACCACCGUUCUGUCCCCGCCGUCCUCUCCGCACGGGCCCACGCUCGCACCCCUGAGGAGCCCUGCGUCCCGCGACCCCAGCCCUCCAGCAGGGGGCGGCGAUGAGCCCGCAAACAAGAGAGCCGAGAUGUGGGCGGAGCCGCAGGUGUCCACGCCCACAGGCGACCUCGCCCUUGGCCACGCGCUCCACUCCCUGGCCCAGGCCCAGGAGCGGGAGGAGGCCGUCGAGAAGGCGGACGAGGAGAUCAACGAGGAUGACGAGGACGAGGAAGAGGAGGAGCGGGAGAGCAGCCAGCCGGUGUCGGUGUCGGAGAUGAGCGGGACGCAGCCCACGGACGAGUCGCGGGCGGGGUCGGCGGGCCUGGCGGGCUCGGCCUGGCGGGGGGGGGCCCUGAUGUCGGAGCUGGACUCUGAGGACGUGAGCGGCAGCCAGCAGGGGGCGUCGGAGAUGAGCGCGCCCGGGCUGCUGGAGGGCACCGAGAGCACGGACGACCUGGGCGACGCCAGCCUGAAGGGCGCCGAGGGCGACGGCGCGUCCGCCAGCUCGCCCGACAUCGAGACCGUGCCCGAGAUCCCCGCCAACGAGGACGAGGAGGAGGAGGACGAAGAGGAGGAGGAGGAGGAGGACCGCGUGUACGACAUGGACGUGAGCUCGGAGCGGGCCGAGGACCCCCGCAGGAGCCAGCGGGAGCAGGAGGCCGAGGAGGAGGAGGACGACGAAGACGUGGAGAUGGCGAGCGAGGGCGUGACGGAGAGCGGGCUGGAGAGCUACGGGAACGCCGACGAGGACGACUUCGCCGACGAGGACCGGCUGGACAACCUGAACCGCGCCGCCGCCGCGGGCCCCCCCGUCCCGCCGGCCGGGCCCUGGGCCGCGCACGCCGCCAACCCCUUCGCCGACCCCUGGGCCCCGCCCCCACAGCUAAGCCCCGCCCACCCCAUCAGCCCCCUGCCCGACCGCUGGGCCGUCAAUCCCGGGAUCCCCACGCCCCCCUCCCAGGCCUGGCUGGACCUGGGCUCCGCCCCCCUCCUCCCCGAGGCCGGCGAGCCCCUCCCCCACGCCGCCGCGGCCGCCGCCUCCCCGCCGGCGCGGUCCCCGCCCCCGCUGCCCCCGCCGGCCGUGGGCAUGUCGCAGUCGAGCACGCUGAGCGGCCGGGAGCUGGGCGCGCGCAGCAGCAGCGAGACCAGCACGCCCGAGGAGCUGCGCGGGUACGACAGCAGCUCGGGGGUGGAGUCGCGCUCCGACGGCAAGCAGGACACGCCCGUGCCCCCCGCCCCGCCCCCGCCCGACGCCGACCAGGACCUGGGCAUCCACCUGGAGCGCGGCGAGGAAGAGGAGGAGGCCGAGACCCUGCCCGCCGACGAGGUCCUGGGGGGCCCGCCCACCGCCCCCGCCUCGGGCACGCCCUCGCCGUCCGACUCCGGCGACGAGGCGGGCAGCGACACGGAGGGCGAGAUGCAGAUCAACCAGCCGGGGGCGGGGCCGGGGCGGGGCCUGUCUGCGCUGGAGGAGCGGGAGGAGGCGGGGCAGCUGCCCACGGGUGACCGGGCCGGGGAGGAGGAGGAGGAGGAGGAGGAAGAGGACGGCGGGGGGGCCACCCCGCAGUCGGCCAACUCGGCGGCGUCCUACGUGUUCGACAUCACCAGCACCUCCAACAACUCCAACGCCCACUCGGGCGCGGAGAGCUCCGCCCGCAGCCCCGGCAUCUUCUCCCUGGAGAACGAGGACCAGCUGGCCGAGGAGGCCAAGGACCCCUCCCUCAUCGCGGCGCUGACCCUGCCCCCCGCCGCCGCCGCCGCGCCCGUGCACCUGCUGCCGCUCGACGACCAGCGCGGCGGGGGGGCGGAGCCCGGCGACCCCGCCCACCCCGAGCCCCAGCCGCCGUACUACUCCGCCAUUUGCGAUAAGACUGAUAGCUUUCUGCCAGGUAACGUAUAGUCCCGCCCACGCUCGUUUAAAGCCCCGCCCCCCGGCCCCGCCCCGCCCCACCCCGCCCCGAACCCAACCCAGACCCGCCCUGUGUCGGUUCCUUUCUUCUCUGGAUGUAGGAGGGGCGGGUGGGGUUUGGCAGAUGGGGUUGGCGAGUUGGGGUGGGGUGGGGUUGGGUUGACGUUAGAAAGUAGGCAAGGUGAAUGUAGAGAAGGAGGAAUGGAAAAGAAAAGAAAAAAGAUGAAAGGAAACGGAGAAAAAAGAAAAUGAAAAAAAAAAACUACGCUGUAGGUGUGUCGUUGCCUCCGCCCUCUGUGAUAACACUAUUACAUCAUCAUGAUUAUGAGCGUAUGACUUAAAUUCCUGUACGUACCGUAGCUACUACCAUUUACCACUUAGAAUCGUUUUUAUUAUUUACAUUUUAACACUGCUUUAUUCAUCGGUCCCAAAAACUGGCGUGAAGAUUGACUGGUCGAUUAAAGAGGAAAGAAACAAAAAAAGGUCUCUUAUGGCGAAGCUCUUAAAAUGAAAAAAAAAAGAACAAAAAAAGAAAAAACAUUUGGAUGGACUCUUACCUCUGUGUAUUUAUCCCACUGUUUUUACCGAACAAAUGUUAAUGGACUUUUUUGUAUGUUUUAUUUUUGUCUUGUCAUUGGCUUGUUCAUACCCUUGUCGCCCUCCCUAAGCUCCCACACACAGCCUCUCCCUCCCCCCGAAGAUAGGCUUAGACCCCCCCCCCCCCUUCCCUUUUUAAUUUCUGCCGCCAUUUUAGCUUCAAAUAAAGAGUAGAUAUCUAACGUGCUGUUUUUUUUUCUUCUCCCAGACGCAUAUUUAUUGCGGUGGGUUUUUUGGAGGGAGUUGAAUUGCAAGUCUUGGGUUUCUUAGUGAAUCACAGUUGAUGUGGAGAGUUUGCACAGUUACUUGUCUUAUCCUUUAACAGUAUGCAUUGCUCAUAAUAAUAAUAAUAACAAUAAUAAUAACAGUAGUAUGAAUGGUCAUCACUUACAAAAAAAAAAAAGUGUUUUUUUUUUUCCUCCAAAAUUACAUUAAACAUCAUUUCAACGUG